CUCCUGCCGGCGACAGCCGGAGCUCUAAGGAAGGGCAGCUGCCGAGCCAAGGACCCCACCAGGGAGCCCCUGGGGAGGCGGGAACAGCCGUGGGAAGCUGCCACCCCCUUUACAACCACUGCGCGGGACGCGCCCCCAAGAACUGUCCCCCCCGGCGCCCCGACACCGAGGAAGCGCUCUCUAAGCUGGAACACGCAAUGCUGAAAUUCAGCAGCUCCUCGGAGCCUAAAUGGGAGGGAGGGAGGUGCUCUUAUUAUCCCCAUUUUACAGAUGAAGAAACUGAGGCAGGCAGCGAUGAAAUGUCCGUGGUCACACAGCCAGUGAGUUAAGUAUUUGAAGCAGGAUUUGAACUCAUAAAGGGGAUUCUUCCUGAAUCCAGGCACAGUACUUGGAAUACAGUAGGUGCUUAAUAAAUGUUUAUUGCGUGAUGUUACCGCCCCCAUUAUCACAAUCCCAAGGCGCCCGCUACUCCUCUCCCCUCGCCUCCGCCCCUUCCCCGGAGAUCCCCGAAGGGCGCAGGCGCUCCUCUGUCUGCACCGCCCCAUUCCUUUGCCACGCCCCAGACCCGCCUCGGCUCCGAUCCACCCAUUCUAGGAGAGAGGCGGUUCCCAGGAGAGGUAGGGAGGGGCCUGGAGGCCUUCAGAGCGCAGGCUCGAACUGCCCGGAGCACCUCGCCGGCUACAAAAGGCCCAACGCGCAGGCGCAGCUCCGCCCCCGCUCCGCCCUGCGCUUCCGGCGUCCCAGCUGAGCCGUGACCCCUCCCGGGAGACCUAAGCAUCCCGCCGGAGACCCAGAGGGAGGCGGAGGUGAAUUACAAGGACCCAUGAAAGCCCCCCCAGAGCCACAGAAGAACGGGACGGCCCUGCCAGGCGCGAGGUCGGCGGAGAAACGGAUUUGCUCGCUCCCCGUCUUCGCCUAACGGAGAGAAAGUCCGGACAUGGGCAGCAGCCAGCCCCUUCCCAUCUCCGAAAGCGGCGCCAGGAAAAAGAAGAAGCGGAAGGCCCGAGCCCCGGACUCCCUGCCCGAAAGGUUUGAAGAUUUAUACAGACUGACCUCCGAGCUGCUUGGAGAAGGCGCCUACGCCAAAGUUCAAGGUGCUGUGAGUUUGCAGAAUGGCAAAGAAUAUGCAGUAAAGAUCAUCGAGAAACAAGCCGGACACAGUCGGAGCAGGGUGUUUCGGGAGGUGGAGACGUUGUACCAGUGUCAGGGCAACAAGAACAUUUUGGAACUGAUUGAAUUUUUUGAAGACGAGGCGAGGUUUUACCUGGUCUUCGAGAAGCUGCAAGGAGGUUCGAUUUUGACUCACAUCCAAAAACGAAAGCAUUUCAACGAGCGGGAAGCCAGCCGCGUGGUCCGCGAUGUCUCCUCUGCCCUGGACUUCCUGCACACGAAGGGCAUCGCUCACCGAGAUCUGAAGCCGGAGAACAUACUCUGUGAAUCCCCCUCAGAGGUGUCCCCAGUGAAGAUCUGUGACUUCGACCUGGGCAGCGGCGUGAAGCUGAACAACUCUUGCACCCCCAUCACCACGCCGGAGCUGACCACGCCGUGCGGCUCGGCUGAAUACAUGGCACCUGAGGUGGUCGAGGUGUUCACUGAAGAAGCCACUUUUUACGACAAGCGCUGUGACCUCUGGAGCCUCGGGGUGGUUCUGUACAUCAUGCUCAGUGGCUACCCGCCCUUUGUGGGUCACUGUGGCACCGACUGCGGCUGGGACCGGGGAGAGGUCUGCCGAGUCUGCCAGGACAGGCUGUUUGAGAGCAUCCAGCAGGGGAAAUACGAAUUUCCCGAGAAGGACUGGGCGCACAUCUCGCCGGAGGCCAAAGAUCUCAUCUCCAAGCUUCUCGUGCGCGACGCCAAGCAGCGGCUCAGCGCCGCCCAGGUCCUGCAGCACCCCUGGCUGCAGGGGCAGGCUCCGGAGAGGGGAUUGCCCACGCCGCAGGUGCUCCAGAGGAACAGCAGCACCAAAGACCUCACGCUCUUUGCAGCCGAGGCCAUCGCCCUGAACCGGCAGCUCUCCCAGCAUGAAGAGCACGAGCUGGGGGAGGACCAGGAGGCCCUGAGCGAAGGCUUCUGCUCCAUGCGGCUCUCCCCCCCCUCCAAGUCCCGCCUGGCGCGGCGCCGCGCCGAGGCCCACGCUAGCCGCCAUGGAGAGCCCGAGCCCCGCCGGGAGGCCCUCUGACAGCGAGCCGCCUCCGCGCCACUCACCUCCGCUAAUGGCUCCCAGGUGGGGAGGCCGGCCGGCCAUCUGCCCUCCGCGUCCGCCCGCCUCCGUCUGCGCAGAUGCUCCCGAGCACAAUCCAUCUCCCUCUCCCCCGCCUCCCCCUUCUGGUAAUUCUGCUCUUCCCCAGGGGGCCUGGAGAAUGAAGCUUUCUCCAAGGGGGCUGUCAUCGGAAAAGAUAACAGUCACUUGUCACUUUGACUAAUAGGGUCAUUUCUUCUGGCUUCUGCAUUCGGCACGAGCACCAGAGCCGCUCGGAGCCAGGUCCGGAAGGCUUGAGAUCCAGGCCGGGCCUCUCCCUCCCUUCCCCCUCACCGUGGCCCGGCCUGCUCCCGGGGAGGGCUGGGACCCCCUCCCCUGCCCCCCACCCACUCAGGAGCGGAAGCAGAGGCCAUGGCGGCCGUCUGAUUUUCCGGUUCAAGAAAUCAGCUGCAUCUUCCCACUCUGAGCCCGUCCCCAAGCACGGGAAGCGCUUAUCUCGCUGUGAAGGAACUGAGAGGCCCCGGCCUCUCCCCCGUUUAUUUGUACUUGCUGCUAAACUCCUUCCCAGAAGAAGGAAGCCCCCUGCCAGCCUGCCCUCCUGGCCAGGAAGGCCGCCUAACCCGCGCGACGGGCCCGCGGGCGCUCCCUGCAAGCCGGGCCCGGCCGGUUUCUCCCCGGGACGCGCGGCUUGAUUUAAGCUUCCCCCCCUCCUCAGCGACUCCGUUUUAAAGUAGGAUUUGAGACAUUUUCCACCAGACCAUCAUGGCGGCCGGUAUUGGCUCCCUGGGGAGCGCGGGUCUGUCGGGGGGCGUCAGAGGGAGCCGGGCUGGGGGCAUGAGGUCCCCCCAACAGCCUCUGGAAGUCCAGCUGCCGGUGGAGUUUUAUGUGUUGUGCUGUGUGGAUGACUAGCAUGAAGAAAUAUAAAGAAGCUUAUUUAAGGCUUUUAUACACUGUGACAGUGAUGUUUUGAGCUAUUGUUUUAAAUAAAAUUAUUUUAAGUACA